UAUAUAUAUAUAUAUAUAUAUUAUAAGAUAAUAUUAUAUACAUGCAGGAUUAAAUCCAAAGGCCUGAGUUUCCAGAACCAUACUAAAUUUCAUCAUAUAUCAUGUCCUACCAGCAAGGGGAGGAUUUCUAUUACAUGGAUGAAGAUUUUGUAGAUGACAUGGACGAAGACGACUAUGUUCGAGCUGGUGGAGACGUGGAUUCUGAUGAAUAUGAUGUGCAGCUGACCAAGGUGACCGAUACAUCUUCCUCGCAAGCGCGGAAGGGGAAAGAUAUUCAGGGGAUUCCAUGGGAAAGACUGAACAUAACUAGAGAAAAAUAUAGGUUGACAAGGCUUGACCAGUAUAAGAACUAUGAGAAUAUACCAGCGUCUGGUGAAGCUGUCGACAAGGAAUGCAAACAGGUAGAAAAGGGGGGGAACUACUAUGAAUUCUUCCAUAAUACUAGAUUGGUUAAACCUACUAUCCUCCAUUUUCAGCUCAGAAACUUGAUUUGGGCUACUUCAAAGCAUGAUGUUUACCUUAUGUCCAAUUAUUCGGUUAUGCAUUGGUCAUCAUUGUCGUGCAAUCUGUCUGAGAUCAUUAAUUUUGCUGGGCAUGUGGCACCUACCGAGAAACAUCCCGAAAGCUUAUUAGAAGGUUUUACACAAACUCAAAUAAGCACUCUAGCAGUCAGAGACAAUUUUAUGGUUGCGGGAGGCUUCCAAGGGGAGCUUACUUUUAAGCACUUGGACAGAAAAGGAGUAGCCUUUUGCACCCGGACAACCUAUGAUGAAAAUGCAAUUACAAAUGCUAUCGAGAUAUACGACAGCUUGAGGGGUGGAAUUAAUUUCAUGGCCUCAAAUAACGACGGUAGUUUGAGAGAAUACGAUACUGAGAGAUUUCAACUUUUGAAUCAUUUCCGGUUUCCCUGGCCUGUAAAUCAUACAUCCAUCAGCCCCGAUCAGAGGGUUAUUACUGUUGUCGGAGAUCACUUGGAUGGGUUGCUUGUUGAUUCACAAAAUGGAAAGACAGUAGCCACGGUGGCAGGUCAUCGAGAUUACUCGUUUGCAUCCGCGUGGCACCCUGAUGGACGCAUAUUUGCCACGGGAAAUCAGGACAAGGCCUGUCGAGUAUGGGACAUAAGAAACCUGUCUAUGCCAGUUGCGACUCUCAAAGGGAACUUAGGUGCAGUGCGAUCAAUCCGCUUUUCAACGGACGGCCAAUUCAUGGUAGUUGCUGAACCUGCGGAUUUCGUCCAUGUUUAUAAUACGAGGUCUGGAUUCCAGGAACGACAAGAGAUCGACUUCUUUGGUGAGAUUUCAGGGGUAUCUAUGAGCCCAGAUGAUGAGUCGCUGUAUAUAGGAAUAUGGGACAGAACUUACGCUAGUCUGCUGCAGUAUAACAAAAGACACAGUUAUGGAUACUUGGAUUCUUACCUGUGAGUAUGUGCUGUUCUGAUGUAUGAUGAAGAAUGUUGAAACCAGUAUGCUGAUUGCGGCUGUAGUUCUGUAAUAAUUGUAGUCAUGUCGUUUUUGUUAUUGUAAUAGUGUUCUAAGACAUGUUAGAUUUAUUUGAUCAUUCCAAUCUGUAUAGAAUGUGUGAGUGAUUAUGGUGUGUUGCGAGUUUGAAAAAAAUUG